AUGCAUGCACACAGUCCCUCACAGUCCGUGGUGGCCCUUUUGUCAGCAUCGCAGACGCCACGGCGACCCGUCAUCGCGUCUGAGGUGAGAAGCCGCUGCUUGCCCGCUCCGCAAACCUCUCAGUUGCAUAAGAAAUCGCAGAUAGCGCGCACUGGCGAGGAGGCCACUUGUACCGCUCUCCGCUCCUCACUGCCGGCGGCGUCUUACGGCGCCCCAAUAUACAAGGCACGGCCAGUGCCGGCCUUCCCGCCUCCGCCGCCGGAGCAUGCGCCGGUAAAUGCGCAUCCUGCGCAGACGCUUCCGCACCCCUGCACCUCUUCUGCUGGGGAGGAUGGCCCACCGUCGUCCGCGGCACCACUUGAUGCAGCAGCGGGCGGUAGCACAGAGCAGCAGCCCAGUAAGGGGCCGCAGCGUUGCAGCGGUUUCUCUUGCACACCGGAAAGGGGCUCAUCCUUGGAGCAUCGCUCGUCAGCAUCUUCUGAGUCUUCUGCUGCUGACGCGGCAGUAGACUCUCCCGUUUCUGCACAAGAUCAGCCGCUGUCCAAGGAAAGCAUUCGAAGCGCUUCUUUGGAAACAGCGGCUUCGGCGCAUCUGUCCCCACGCAGCCCCAGCGCGCCGAGGUCGCCGUCUACGUCUGCGGUCACACCACCGUCUUCGGUCAGCCCUGCAGCCCAGCUAUCGCUUUCCAUGGACUGCGUGCACAAUGACGUGGAGGAAGAGACCCCCGUCGCGAGAAGCACGCCGCCACAGCCGGCACCGAUGCGAUUGCUAGAGCCGCAUGUUGUCGCGGGCCCGGUGGUAUCGGCUGCUUCUGAGAGGUCGCUGUCGUCGCACCGCAGCGACUCGCGUUCCACACCGCUGGAGAGCUUCGCGGCGCUUCUCGAGGAUUUGCAUGUGCUGUGGCAGGAGGAGGAGGAGCCACUCACGGGUGAGGUGUCACCUGUCAGUCACGCGUCCAAUGGGGCGUGUGAUGGAUGUACGUCGAGAAGCACCGCGAGGGUCAUGGCGGAGCCGAAAGAUGACGAGUCCGGCUCCUUGAUGUACCCGGCAGAUACAAGCGACCCCAAUCAGGAGGGGUUGGAAGAGGCGGAACAGGUCCCGAAGAGCUCUUUGGAUGGACCUCUUCGCGGAACCGACACUACCGGUCAUGCGCCCAUCACACCGCGUCUUCGCCGCUGCAUUAAGGAUCAGCAACGAGAACUGGAGAUGCUGCGCGCCGUCACGAAGGAGCGCCAUCCGGCGAUCUUGGGCUUGCUCGACUCGCCAGAAACGUUGAUGCGCGAGUUGGAGCGGAUGGAUGUGGACAGCGACGGACAAGGGGACGGUGACAGAGGCACCACGCCCAACGCGACGGAUGAAGUGGAGACGCCGCCGGCUGCACGACCAUCUCAGAAGCGACCACCGGCUGUGUCCGCGCCGUCGCGGACUUCACCAACAUCGUUGGCUGCGCAAGGCAGCCGUGCCAAACCCGAGGGAAGAUUACCAGUGCGAGAUGCAGGAAGAGCCGCUGCCCCGACCACGGAGAAGAGCUGCACCACCGAGUCGUCUGCGCGGAAGGACAGGCCGAGUGUGUCUGCUGCGUCUACUCCCGGUGCGAGGCCGCGAGAGAGAAGCCAGGCGGUGCUGCGGAGCUCACGGCGGACGAAUGCCUCGGAGAAUGGCACCACGGGCAACGGUGACGGCGUGUCCAUCUCGACGCCUCGUGGACGAGCUGCCGGCGAGGCCGGCUCCGGGGCCAGGGGCACGGGCAUGUCCCCUAGCGGUGCAAUGGGUGGCGCCGCACCACCCUUGUCGACCACAGCGCUGAACAGUCAACUUACUGCGGCCGCGCCCGGCACUUCCGGUUCCAUUCGGGACUCUCGGCGGCGAUCGCCCGCCCCUGCCAUGACGGCCAGCGGUGGAUCAGAGCAGCUGUCACGCAUGACUGCCCGGCGAGGGGAUGGCCCCAGUGGAUUAUCAAGUGGCGCCGGCACCUCCCCGCCUCAGAAGGCAGCCGCGACGUCCUCGGAAGAUCUUCUGCCGGAGCUCUUCUCGGCGCAGGAGGCGGCGAACACCAUCACCAUUGUGUUUGACCUGGAUGAAACGCUCUGCAACAACCGGUGCUUCACCGGUCCUAUACUUCGACCCGGCGCCGCGCUACUUCUCCACACGCUGCGCGGCCUCUGCCCCUCACCUCGAUACAAGCUUAUCGACACCCACACCCGCAGCCAGCAUGCCUCGAAUCGGCUCUAUGACGAAGCAAUGCACCGUAUGGGAGUGACACCGCUGUACCGUUCACGGGUCAUGCAGAGGCAGUCGGCGAAUGGCUACCGCCGCACUAACAGCACGGCUCCCGGUAGCACUGUUGCGGCGUCGGGUGCCGACGAGGCCGGGGUUUCAGGUACGACCUGUUCUACUGGCUUGUGCAGCACCGGUGAGGCGCGUCCUGCCACGGCGAAGGAUACAAACCCUCUUCGACUAGAGCUGGUGCUGUGGACGGCGAGCGAAGAGAGUCUGGCCCGGCGCGCCAUGCGCCACAUCGACCCGGUGAACAAGAUCUUCGACGAAGCCAUUUAUCGUGACACGCGGUGGUAUCGUGACUCGCACUACACGAAGGAGCUGUGCCGACUGGGCCGGUGCAUGAGUCGCGUGGUCAUCGUCGAGAACUCGAUCGAAUCUGUCGUUCGCAAUCGCCAGAACUCCAUCCUCGUUACAAGCUUUGUACGCAACCGCCUCGACCGGCAACUCUUCCUCGUGCGCGAGGUCCUGCGAGACUGGGUUUGCGGCAUGAAGGCGAGGCUGGCGGCGCAGCAGUACGCAUCCCACGCUCCCAGUUCGCUGCGGGAGAGCGUCGAGCAUGCGGCGGAUGGCAAUGCCACGUCGCACGCCUUCAGAGAAGACUCGGUUGACACCCGGGCCGGGGAAUCUGUCGAGGAGGGGGGCGAGAGUCCGGUGCCGCCGCACUCGACGCGGCCGCCCGCACGCGUUGGCCGAAGUGAAAGCAUGCCAGUGAUAAUGGGUCAUGCGGGCACGCACAUUGGCGACGUAGACCCCAUCAACGAUAGUUCUGACGGUAACGGUUCGCAACGUGGUGCGACUCCCGAACUGGCCCUGUCAGCGCCAUGCCGGUCUUCCGUUCAUGCUGCGUCGGUGCCCAGCUCGCCGCCGGUUUCCGCCCCUCGCCCCCUCAGCGCUAUGGCGCGUCGCGCGCCAAACAUUGUGGAGUUCCUGCAGAACCAUCGGCUCAUCUUUCCAGACUCAAACUUUCUUCGCUUCCAGCUUACGAGCGACGUCAUGAAGCACCUGCAGACCAAGGAGGCCGCCCUCAUCGCCGCUGCCCUCCACCCGCCGCCGACGGCAGCUGAACAAGCGGACGCGCGGGCGGUGCGUUCCAUCGGCUGCGGACCUGCUUCCCGCACAACCCGAUCCGUGCGCGAACCACCGAACGCGACGCCCUCCUCCACGCCUCCAGUAACUACUACCGCGCCUACCACGGCAAACCCGGCAGGACCUGCACCAAGAACGCCGCAAUCCCGCGCUGCUGGCCGUGCAUCUCCUAGCGGGGGUGGGGCUGCAGUGGACAGCGUUGCCGCAGCUGCGACGCGGCCGCGUAUUCCAGGAAAGGAGGUGGGCACGGUGAGAACGCCUGCAGCGGUGGCGACUCCGACGUCUCCGUUGGGAGGAUCCGUGGUGGGCGCCACUUGGAACAGCCGCCCCGGCAAUUCAUCCUCCAACGGUGUGGCUCGUGCGGCGAAUGCACAUCGCAACCCGGCGGUGCGACCGCAGCGCACAGUGUCCGCGCCUCCGAAGCGGUCAGUGACGAAUGAGACGUAG